GUCGCAGCACCGGACACCGGCCCGCCCCGCCCCGCCCCGCCCCACACCCCACAGGGCUCUCCGAGAGUGGCGCCGCCUGCGGAGCCGUGCUGGGGCUGGGACCCUGGCCUUGGCAGCCCUCCCGGGAGGCGAGCCUAGAAGGCGGUGGCCCGGGCCGGGCGCGGCGGGGCGUGGGGAGGGGCCGGGACUCUUUGACGCGGCGGAGGGGUCGGGCGGAGCCGGCGCGCCGCCAUCUUUGGUCCAGUGCGGCGGCGGCUGUGGUGAAGGAGGAGGAGGAGGAGCCGACGGCGCUGGCACCGAGCUCUGACCAUGGAUGAGGAAUACGAUGUGAUCGUGCUGGGUACCGGCCUCACCGAGUGCAUCCUGUCGGGCAUCAUGUCCGUGAAUGGGAAGAAAGUGCUGCACAUGGACCGGAACCCCUACUAUGGGGGCGAGAGCUCCUCCAUCACACCCCUGGAGGAGCUGUAUAAGCGUUUUCAAUUGCUGGAGGGGCCCCCUGAGUCGAUGGGCAGGGGCCGAGACUGGAAUGUUGACCUGAUCCCCAAAUUCCUCAUGGCCAAUGGGCAACUGGUAAAGAUGCUACUGUAUACAGAGGUGACGCGCUACCUGGAUUUCAAGGUGGUAGAGGGCAGCUUUGUCUACAAGGGGGGCAAGAUCUACAAAGUGCCAUCCACGGAGACUGAAGCCUUGGCUUCCAAUCUGAUGGGUAUGUUUGAGAAACGGCGCUUCCGCAAGUUCCUGGUGUUUGUGGCAAACUUUGAUGAGAACGAUCCCAAGACCUUUGAGGGCGUUGAUCCCCAGAGCACCAGCAUGCGUGAAGUCUACCGGAAGUUUGACCUGGGGCAGGAUGUCAUCGACUUCACUGGCCACGCCCUGGCGCUCUACCGCACUGAUGACUACCUGGAUCAGCCCUGUCUUGAGACCAUCAACCGCAUCAAGUUGUACAGCGAGUCCCUGGCCCGGUAUGGCAAGAGCCCAUAUUUAUAUCCACUCUAUGGCCUUGGUGAGCUGCCUCAGGGCUUUGCAAGAUUGAGUGCCAUCUAUGGGGGGACAUAUAUGCUAAACAAACCUGUGGACGACAUCAUCAUGGAGAAUGGCAAGGUGGUGGGUGUGCAGUCUGAGGGAGAGGUGGCCCGAUGCAAGCAGCUGAUCUGUGACCCCAGCUACGUUCCAGACCGUGUGCGGAAGGCUGGCCAGGUUAUCCGCAUCAUUUGUAUCCUCAGCCACCCCAUCAAGAACACCAACGAUGCCAACUCUUGCCAAAUCAUCAUCCCCCAAAACCAGGUCAACAGGAAGUCAGACAUCUACGUGUGCAUGAUCUCCUACGCACACAACGUGGCUGCUCAGGGCAAGUACAUUGCCAUCGCCAGCACCACGGUGGAGACUGCAGAACCCGAAAAGGAGGUCGAACCGGCCCUGGAGCUGUUGGAGCCCAUUGACCAAAAGUUUGUGGCUAUCAGUGACUUGUAUGAGCCCAUCGAUGAUGGUUCUGAGAGCCAGGUGUUCUGUUCCUGCUCCUAUGAUGCUACCACACAUUUUGAGACAACCUGCAAUGACAUCAAAGACAUCUACAAGCGCAUGGCAGGCUCCGCCUUUGACUUUGAGAACAUGAAGCGCAAACAGAACGAUGUCUUUGGAGAAGCUGACCAGUGAUUGCUGACCCUCCCCCAGCCCCGGGUGCCCUCUCCCCCCACUCGUGUCUGUUCUCCAGGACUGGGGAGAUAGGCGUGGCUGGGCACCCCUAUUUCCAGCAUUCUCUGCUUCCCCCACCACAUUCCUGUCACCCACCUCAUUGAUACACUGACCAAAUCCUUAACCUUAGUGAUGGUUUGGGAGACAGGGGUUUCGAUAGCAUCCUCUUUCUUGGCCCUUCCUUAUCCUGGGAAAAGAGGGUUCCUCUCCUUGUGUGUAUCUCUUCCCCCCACCCCUAAUUCUUCUGCUCUGUUUGGGAAAAUGGGGAGGAAAGCUUACUUCUGCCCCCACCGCUGACCCCCUACUGUAGUGGCCUUUGGAGAUGCCCCCUGCCUCCCCCCACCAACUCUCUUGCGUGUUGGAGAGAAGGGGCCCUCCCAGCACAAAGUUGCAUUCCCCCCGACCCCAUUAAUUUAUUCUAAGUUAUUAACUUUUGCCCACCCUGUCUGAGAAGGGAGUGCUGUGCCCCUCCCUUGCCGUCUGCUGGUGAGGCCUGGGGCUGUGGAGCAGCUCCCCUGGCCACCUGGGCAGCCUGGGAGGGAAGAGGGCUUGGGUAUGGCCCCAUCCGAGGUGGAGUUUGCUGUUUUUGUUUCUUGUUUUUUUUGUUUGUGUCCUCUGGUACUUGCUGAGAGAGAGAGAAAUGUGAGCAACGCAGGAGGUGGGAAAAUGGAUCCAGACCCCAGUGUGCCCCGCCCUACACCUUUCCCUUAGUGGUGGGAAACCCUUAUCUUGCAAAGUGAAUGUGUGCCCUUCCCCAACCUCUAGUGUAUUUCACAGAAAACAAAACCUCCCAAUAAAACUGUGUUGAAACCUGA